CACGUGUGUGUCGUAUUGUUUUGAUCGGAAACACGCGAUUUUUGAAAUCAUGUGUAUAUAUGUAUCAAUUAUGAACUAGUUUAAAGUUUUUAAUUAAAUUAUAAUACAUUUUUUAAACUCGUGUAAAUAGCUUAGGAUGGGCCUGUGUUCAUAUGUCUGUAGCAGCACGUUUGGUGAUUUAUACAUUUGGAUCACACGAUUAUUCGGACUGUUCACUGCUGUUGCUCUCCUGGGCAUUGCAGUGGAAACACUUGUUUAUGGGCAUUACCUAGGUUACGUAAUACUUGUUGAGGGCAUCAUAGUAACAUUCUUGGAAGUGGUAUUUGGAAUAACAUACAUUGUUAAUCUGUGUUGUAGUGUGGACACGUGCUUCAAGCAGUGUUGGGACUGUGUGUUAUGGCUCGAUGACUGGAAGAAAGCAGUUUUAUUCUUUAUCUUCUCUAUACCAUGCUUUAUACAACCGUCUCAAGUCUGGUUAGCUGUAAUAGCUGGUAUAAUGCUUGUCAUUAGUGCUAUAUUAAAUAUUUUUAAAACUUUCAAAACCCGGGUUGAAAAGGAGAGAAAAACGCACACCCAGACGCCAUCAUACGACAAGUUUGAAGAAAUACAUGAAGAUGGUGACAUAGAUGACGAUGAUGAUGAAGAUGAUUUGGAAGGGGUUAUAACACAGCCCGGUACCAUGACGAUUUUAGAAGAUGAUAUAGGUGAUCAAGUAGAGAUCCUGGAAGUCUGACCCCGCGCCCAUUUCCCUUGACCCCAACUCGGGACAUGGAACAUUCAAUUGUCAUUAAUUGCUUAUUGUGAUAUCUCAGUUACAGUUUUCCCAACCACACCUAAAUGUGUACUCUCCAGUGCUUUGUCAGAUGUCGUCCAUUGUCAUUGUUUUAUUCUGUCCACAAAAUGUGCUUGUUUAUUUGUCUAGUGCUUUGUGUUAACUUUUAAGAAAUUCUAGAUCUGUUUGUUAUUUAAGAAAAUCUAGAUCUGAUCAUUUUCAAUUCAAAAAUCCUAGAUCUGAUUGUUUCCAUAAUUAUUUGGAACCAUUAGUAUAAUCAUUUAUUAUAUGCCUAUCCAUAUGAAACCCUUUUACAUAUCUGAACGCAUGCCGAUGUCCUAGAAAAUCUGUAUCAUUCGCGCUAUUAUCAUUUUCUGAUCCAAUGUCAUGACAGAUAUGUUGGGUGCUGCCUUUUAUACACUGACAUUUAUUUAAAUUCUAUUAUCAAUUAUGAAUAACAACAUUUUUCAAGAAUGUAUAGUAGAAACUAUUUCAAAAUUAUUCCACUGCUGAUUUGUGUUUAUGUUCAUGAAAAUCCACUAACUCAUUAAAUCAAUUGAUUAAUGACAUCAUUUCUGGAUUGGAAUUUGCGGGAAAUGCGGUGUAACUGCAAGUGUAGUUUUUUGGUUAAAGCAUUGAACAGGUUGUAAAACAUGAAAUAAAUCAAAGCAGGCAUGUUAUGAAAGGAUAAUUAAGAUGGAAAGCUUCUGAAUACCUGUAUUGUGUCUGAUAUUUGGUGUAUAGACAGACAUUCAUCUUGACCCCUAUGCAGUCUCGAUGGAUAUGUGUUUACACCAAGCUCGAUUUGAUACAGGGCAUCACAAAGUCCAUCAUAAUAUCCUCUAUAAUAUUUCGUUCUACAUUUACAUGUUCUGAGAUAUGGCAGCAUAAUUGUAAUUUCCUUGCACUAACUUAAUUUAUUAUGGCUAUUUGUUUUGUAUGAAAGGAUUCAGAAACUGUCUCCUAGUCAGGAAUGUUAGUAUCACAAUAGUCAAUAGUUGAAACCCAUAAUUAUUCUGGUUUUCCCAUGCUUAUCCUCCGGUACAAAAAGUAUAGUACCAUUUUAGUAGACCCAGUAUUUCAGAAAUAUUAGAUUCAAUUCUCUGUUCCCUGAAAUUCAAUAGCCUGAAUGUAAUUUUUAAUUUGUACUGGUAUGGCAAGACCCAGUAAUGUGAACUCCGGUUUAUAUCCAUUACAAGCUGUAUACCAGAGUGACAGUCUUAACAUAUUAUAUCAUAUUAACCCAUCAAAAUGUUUGUCAAGUCAAUUUUUAAUAUAAUGUGACACCAGUAUCAUAUUAAAAUUCUGUAAAUACGAGGGUAAUAUACAAAUCUUGUAGGGUAAGUCACAAUACCAUGACUAUGAUUGAAAGAACCUUUUGAUGAGCCUACAUGCAAUUAGCUCAACAUAGUUGCCCCAAUAGCAGUUUGGUGUAUGUGCUUGUGUCCGUCCAUGCAUCCAUUUACCGGAUAUGGCUUGUCUGUUCUGUAGCUUGGCCAGCAUGAGGGUACUUAAAAGUUAGUCACUGGCACAAAUGUUACAAAAAGAAGAAGGAAUGUCAUGUGCCAGAUCUUUGUAAGUCAUACUUACAAGGUCACUAGUCAAAAUUCCUUGUAAUUCAGUUUUGAUCAGUCCAAAAUUUGGCCAUGCUUUUGGGUUUUUUAAAUAAAUGUUCACCAUGAGAAGGCACCUCAUGUUCAAUACACAGGUAUUAAGGCCUAAGGUCAAGAUCACACUCGAGGGUAAAAUUUCCUUGUAUUUUGACCUGUUAGUUCUGUAACUUGCUAAAUCAUUAGAUAUUCUAUAACAACUUGGCACAAUAAAAUGAAAUGGGUCUAAAAUCAAGGUCACACUCAUAGGUCAGAUUUUUUUUUUCUUUAUUGACAUCACUGUCGAACAUUGCUAUCAACUUUCCCACAAUUACAUUCAAGGUCAACGAACUUUCUCAGAACUGUUCUAUGAUUGUGACAGUGACUGUCUCAUCAUUGUUUGUUCUUCGCAAACAAACGUCUAGUUAAAUGUAGUAAAUAUGGGAUAGGGUUUUAGAAUACACCAAAGUGACCAUUUGUUUUUACUUGGUUAUCUCAGUGUAGGUAUAUGAUGAUAUAUAUAUAUAUAUAUAUAUAUAUAUAUAUAUAUAUAUAGUAAUGCAGUGUGACAGUUGAUAUAUGGCUGUCUUUGUGUAUAUUUGAUGAUAUAUAUGCAAUACAGUGUCACUAUUGAUACUGGAAAUAUUUCUGUACUAAAAACAGAAACCAAAUUGAAAAUGUUUGUUAAAUACAAUAUUAUUCCGAUGUUCUGGCCUGAAAAAUACAGUGUCAUGUCAUCUCAUUGAUUCAAAUUGCAGUGAAGUUUAAUUGUUGUAGAUUGUAUUGAUUGCAAAAGUACUGACUAUGCUAAAGUUAUUGAUCAGAUCAUUCAGAGAGAAUAUUUCAAUUUAAUGGGACUACACACCAGAUGAUACCAUUAUAAGAAAAAAAGAAAAUUGUCAAAAUCUUGAAUAUCAUUGUGUAUGAUGCAUUGAAUCUUUCUUACUGAUGUAUCACAUUGCCUACAAGACAUGUGUCUCUCGCAGUUUUUGCCCAUUUUCCCAAAUCAAAAUUUACUGGGAUGGUCUACCACAUAAAUCCCAGUAUAUUUUAAAAGAGUUGGUAUAUGUAUCUGUACUAAUCACAGGACUUGCACAUGCUAAAAUAUACACACUGUAAGCUGGGAAACCAUUAUGCCCUUUUUUAGGUAAACUCAUCUUAAACAGUGACACAUUAUUCUUUUUAUCAUGUCAAAUGAUGUAUGAUCAGCCUCAUAUUAGCUCGUAGUGAUAAUUCUAGGCUUGUUUUGACGAAAUAUUGUAUUUGCCGAUUUUGGGACCAUCUGGUGUCUAGUCCCUUUAAAGGGUCACCAUGAAGUUAACUGAAGUUGGAAAAUAAUGUUCUCUUCUAUGUUAAUCUAUAAAUAACUAUUACAGGUAUCAUGUGUACAACUUUCUUAUAUUCCAUCUUUACAAGUAGCCUUUUUAAUAAAACUUGUGUAUUUUUUAGUGAUUUAUAUGGAACUGUUUUGUGUAAGAAAUAACUGUUGAUUUUUGUGAGAAAAUGAAUCUCUGUUGUGCAUCUAUAUAAACUUUAUAUUUAAGUAAUUGCUCAAGAUCAUUGGUGUAAUAACCCCUCUUAAUGUUGUCAACAUGUAACCACAAAUGUAAUAAUAGAAUACACUUAAUUACUUUCUUUGUCAACCUAUCUGCUAGGUGAAAUUGAUAGAUAUUAAUGUUCAUAGUUACAGUUUAUGUGAACUUCUCUAUAUUCUGUUAUAUUUAAAGCAUUCUGUCUUUUUUAAGGAAUCUCAUUUGGGAAAUAUUUAAGUGUUUGUCAAUGUUAUGCUGCUUUUUAAUUUAGUUUAAACUUUGUUUGCUUUUAACAAAAAUAUCCUGGUCUUGUUUCUUGAAACACAGAUUAUAUUAUUAAGUGCUAGUAUAUGAUUGAUUAAUUAGGUAGUUAGAAAACUAUUUGCUUACUUACUAUUUUUUGUUCUGCUAAAUAGUGCUAGUAACCUCUGUCAUAUUUAAUGCCAUGAACUUUUCAAAACCUGUUAAAACACUAUCAAACCAACUGUCGUUCAACCAUGAUAACUUGACAUAUUUAGGUAAUGUUGCUCUAAAACAAUUGGUUUUAAAUAUAGAAUUGAAAAUAAUAUAGAAUUGAAAAUAUGACUUAUAUUUUUCAAAUCUGCAAUGCCAACAGGAAUGUGAAAGAUAUUUGUCUUUUUAUUAUUUGCAAUAUUUAUAUUUUUUACCCUUACUACCUAUAUUAAUUAUUAUCAUUAUAUACAUAUCUUAGUUAUUAAUUGAUUACCCUUCAUGCAAAAAGGAUGCUACACUGUUUGAUUGGGGCAGGGAACUGAAAAAAGUGUAAUUGGUACAGGCUUGUAGCUUUCUUAUUAUAAUGAGGCCAUUUUAUCCUCAACCAUAGUAACAAAAUAUUGUAAGAUCAUGAAGUAUAAUUCAAUAAUGAGUGAAUGUCGCAAAUUAAAUUGAAAAUUUUCCUUGCUAUCCAACUAUCUUUGACAUGGCAGAUGGAAUAUGAACUUUUAAAUAGAUAUUAUAAAUACUCAGAAAUAUCAAUUCAGAAUCAAUGAUCUUACAAUAUACAUGUUAUAAAGAUGGCUGCGAAACUCAGAUAAAUAAUGAGAAGUAUAAACAGAAUUUGUCAGUUGUUUUCAUCUUACAAUGUUACUAUAUGACCUGCCAUAGAAUUGAACCAACUAAGGUAUUGUAAUAGCAAUGUUUCUAUCAAUGAUUGUCCCAGCCCUCCCCUUGCCGGGGGAUUUAGACAAACUGAACCUCCUGUUGCUCGAGUUGGAAGGUUUGUUGAAUCAGAUAUGUUUAUUGCUAUGUAAAUUUUGACAAUGUCUGAUCAAAAUGGCAGUCUCAUGCAUCAGCUUUUUCAAAAUCCUGUUUUUUGGGAAUCAUUAACAUUAAGAUCACUUGCAUGCCUUCCAUCCAGCUUGGGGGAAUAACAUAGGUCAAGGCAUGUUGAAUCUACUUCAUGUUAUUAGUGGUGAAUUGUAGAUAUUUUUACCCUUAUAUUUAAGUGCCAUACAUUACAUGUAAAAAACAAAAUUCAUUAAAGAUAAACUUUUUUCUUAUACUAGUAAGGUUAAUUUUCUAUCCAAAAUGUGAAAUCAAAAUUAAAAAUAUACUUAACAAAAUAUGUUUUAAUAACAAAAACAUUCUAUUAUAUGUAUAAACCAGAUAUGUUAAAUAAUCCUACUGCUAGGAUAAUGCCCACAAUGUUCCCUCACUGAUAGUCUGUUUUUACACGUUACUAAGGCAGUCUGAAAUGGUGGAGUAAUCUUCAUGGCCAAUGAUAUACUCAGGAUGUAAUAACUAGUGUUGGCUUGUAAUUAAUGUGAACCCAUGUACAUUUGUGUAGAAUUUUACCAUCACAAAGAAUUAUUUUAUUGGGUUUAAUUAUAAUAAUAAUUUAAAUAUAUUUGUGAUAACCAAGAACUAAAUGUAACUAUCAAGUUUUACUUAAGAUGCAUUAUGUAUGCUAUACAUGUAGAAUUCUUUUAGUCAUAAAAGUUGUCAAAAAUGUUUUUGACAACUGUGUUAGAAAAUUUAGUUGUUGACACUCGACCGAGAUUUCUGAUUCAUAUUUUGUAUACACAUUGUUUAUGAAGACUAUUUUAUUCGGAUAAUCGAGUGAUUGGGAAACACAACAUGUGCUAACCCUGUAACAAAGGGUAGUUAGUGAAAACCCCCUUCACUUGUAUGAGUAGGCUGACUGAUGUUCACAUGAGUAGGCUGACUGAUGUUCACAUGAGUAGGCUGACUGAUGUUCACAUGGGUAGGCUGACUGAUGUUCACAUGGGUAGGCUGACUGAUGUUCACAUGGGUAGGCUGACUGAUGUUCACAUGGGUAGGCUGACUGAUGUUCACAUGGGUAGGCUGACUGUUGUUCACAUGGGUAGGCUGACUGAUGUUCACAUGGGUAGGCUGACUGAUGUUCACAUGCAUAGGCUGACUGAUGUUCACAUGGGUAGGCUGACUGAUGUUCACAUGGGUAGGCUGACUGAUGUUCACAUCAAAUGCCUUCCAUAAUGUUUAAUGGAUGUAUAACAUUCACCUUGUAUAAGCCUGUAUAAUAUAGAUCAAAACUUUUGCAUGACUUUGUAUCUUUCAUACUCACUUUAAACUGGUGGCUAGUACAUAUACCUGGAUGGUGUGGCACGCGAGGGGUAGUGUACAGGUACAAGUGUCUGUCCAAGAAGCGUUUUGCAACCUUUAUAAUAAGAUUCAUUUUCACACAUAUUUGGUUAGAUUUCAUAUUCAUAGAGAACAUCCUUUGAUGAAAGUUAUUUUCUGUAAAAUGAACACAUUAGAGAAGUGAAUACUUCAUUCAGACAAUUUUUGCUUGUAGAGAAAAGUCUGAGCAAUUGCAAUAUAUUCUGUGCUUUUUUAGAAUCCCACUGAUCUGUUUUUAUAUUGUUAUGUAUGUGUGUGUUAGUGAUCCACAGUUUUAUUUAAUAUGUAAAAGUUAAUGGUUUUGAACUUUGUGCUUUACUGACAUGAAGUAAUUGCACAGCCUUAAAUAAAAGUGUAAAACCCAUA